AUGAGCGCCUACGGCCGUCCGGCGCUGAUGCGAUUGGCGUCUAUAUCACGGAGCAUGCAGGAAGUUGUAGUUCGUCAAAACGCUCACCGGGCGUCUCUUGGCAAGAUCGGACGCUCACAGUAUCUUCUCAAGUAUCCGGUGCGGCUCAUCCGGCCCGAUGGUUCCACAAUCCAAGUUCGUGCCGACGAGCCAAGAGAGACAGUUCAACUUGCCAUCGAUUUGAAGACGUUGACGGAUGAUGAGAGGCGUCAACGGCUCGCCGCGCGUAAACCGAAAGCGAAGAAAAUCAGAAAGGAGAAAGAAUUCGGCGCCGACAAAAUAAUCCUGCGGCCACGUGAGGGCAAAUUAGGCCUGGGCACCGCCUACAUCCAUGGGUUGAAGCACGCACGUGGCGAGUUCAUUAUCAUUAUGGAUGCCGACCUUUCGCAUCACCCCAAAUUCAUCCUGCAGAUGAUCGAGCUGCAAAAAAGUAAAAAUCAAAAUUUGGCGCAUAAGAAAAAUGUCAUCAACCAGCCAGUCGUACCGCGCACCACUGCCCAAGCCGUCCCGGUGUUUAAUCUAUCCGGCCAAGCGGGCCCGAAGCCUCAACUGAACAUCAAAGCCGCCCCAAAGCCGAGUUUUCAACCAACGCUCAAACCGUCCGUGAAUCCUGUAAAGGCUACUCCACUAAACGAUGCCGCGCCUCUCAAAUUUUUACCCAAUGCUGCACUGGAAGAUAAGGUGCUACUUUUCAACGAGGUUGUCGUGGAAAAUGAAUACCAACCGGCCGUCCCGAAUGAUUACUUCGACAUGCGCAAGAAACUAGAUGCAAUGGCGGCAAAAGAAAAGGUUGCGCGGGAAAUUGCCGAACGGUUGGCGAGGGAACAUGUUGAAGAAGAGAAGAAACGGGCAAAGUAUGCAGCUUUUGCCCCACCCACAAUCUACCAAGACGAGCCUAAAAUUAAGGAGGAAGAGCCGGAACCCACCUCAUCAAAUGCCCCCACUUUUACUGCACCGGCGAUCAAGCCCGGGUUUGGUGGAAAGAGCCGUGGACUGGGCGUUGCGGCGAAUAUCAUGAGCAAAAUGGGAUACAAACAAGGCUUCGGUCUCGGCAAGUCCGAGCAGGGCAUUAGCAGCGCGUUAACAGUUCAACGAGUGGGACAAAAUGCCGGGCAGAUUUUGACAGAAACUCAGGCGGCAAUCAAAGAAGCUCAAAAGGCGGCACCACGAGGCGUUGGGACGGCGAACGUGGCUGACGCGAUGAAGCAUUCGAGCCGCGUAGUGCUUUUACGGAAUCUCGUGGGGAAAAGUGAGGUGGACGCCGACCUGCAAUCGGAGAUCGAGGCCGAGAUGGGCAAGUACGGCACCGUGUCCAGUUCACAUAUUCAUUUGAUGCCUGAGGGUACCCCAGAGGACGAGGAGGUGCGGAUAUUUGUCGAGUAUUCGAACGUGCCUCAAGCAAUCAAGGCAUUUAUCGUCCAGAACAACCGAUUCUUCGCCGGGCGCAACAUUCGGGCGACAUUCUACUCACCCGACGACUACAACGACCGGAUCUACGACGUGGAGACGAUCACC